AUGGCGAAAGAAGAGAAGGCACAGACUGAAGUGAGCAUUGGGCUGGAAAAGCUAUGGCAAGUGAUGUCAAAGCCCAAGGAUCUGGCCGCCAUAAUGCCGGAGAUAGUGCCGGAGCAGGUCAAAGAAGUCCAAGUGAUUCAAGGAGACGGCGGCGUCGGCACAGUCCUUUUUACCACUCCUUGGUCCAUAUUACCCGGAUCCUCUGGGGCGAGUUAUAAGGAGAAAAUUGCAGAGCUUGACGGCACCGCACAUGUGAUAGCGUUUGAGUACGUUGAAGGUGGAUUUCUGGAUCGAGGUUUCACUUACUUCAAGACGACCAUUCAGCUAUCUGCAAAAGGAGAGGGCCAGACUCUGGUGGAUGUGAAGAUCUCUUAUGAAUCUGACAUUGAUGAAGAAUCCACCCAGCGGCUCACCAAGACCGCUGUGACUUCUGCUUUGAACUUCUUGAGCGGCCUUGAAAAACGUCUCUCCGAUGCCGCCUGA